GCAGUGAUGUCGCCUUCUAAAUUUCUGUGUCCAUUAUUUAUCAAUACAGUAAAAGAGAAAACAUAAACAUGGAACCUUUGGAAGACGAGAAUUGCCAGGAUGUCUUCGAAAAUAACGAUCAAAUCUUCGAAAGCGAUGAAGAAAUGAAAGCAUCUUUAAAGAACUUAUGCUACGGAGACCUGUGCAUGAUCGGCAAAAUAUGGAUCCAAGCGCUAAAAGUUGUUUUAGUUGGAGCCAAAUUCAGCUUGAUACCUGUAGUCCACGCUGCGAAACCCCCCGAACCGCCGAAAAAGCCCCCUAAAAUGAAGUACAAAGAUCUACCCAUAUACUCAAGCCCGCAUUACGAUUAUAAGGACUACGUGGAAAGCAAGGAUAAAUGCCCUGAUAGGAACGUGAAAUUAGUACACAGAGCUUUAUUACCUCAUGUGAAGAGUUUGAGGCAGAAGUCUAUUGAAGCUUACUGCAGUGCUUGCUGUUCUCUUCGCUGUACCUUUGGAGACAUGAGGAAUUCCAUUAACGACUCAAAAAGGGAAUUUAAGAAGACCAUGAGAGAUCCUUGCAACCUCCAAAUGAGGCGGGGAGUGGUGGCAGCUGGGACUCUAGCUGGAUAUCUCUUAGGAGGUGGUGGUGGUAUACCAAGACGAGCAUUCUUCACAAGUUUGGGGGCGCUUGCUACAGGAUCUCUUUGCUUCCCGAAGGAGACCGAUGAGAUAUUCAGAAAUGUCGCAUACCACACCGCUAAAGUGGCAUUAACGCUCUAUAAUGCGACUUGUCGCAAAGACUUCGCGUUGAGGGAGAGACUGCCAUGUAAGGAUGAGCUGCCUCCAGAGCCUAAGCCGAGGAAGCCCGUGUGUCCUCCGAAGAAAUGAAGAGUUCAGGAACGAGUCAGUGAUUGGCCUUGUAAACAAUAGUAAGGAAUAAAACAGUAUAUUUUA